UUGUGUGGCGGUGUGUUUCCGGUUCUGACUCUGAGCCGAGGUGUCUGACUGACCGCUGAGAGCAGACUAGUGCAGUCAUCUGUAGUUUAGCUCAUUAGUUAAGUUAGUUAGAUUCGUCAUCAUGGCCAGAAGUGACAGUAGCUCGUACUUCAGGAGAUCCAGUCUGUUCUGGAUGAUGGUCGUCACGGCUUCUUUGAGCUUUUUCACGUGGACGGUGUUUUGGCCUCAGGACGUCCCGUACAGCAGUCUGGGUCCUCUGGGCGCUCUGGCCAAGCAUUUCGUGGACUAUCAUUAUCCUGUGAUGUAUUAUGGAUGGUUUCUGACGUGGCUCAUCCAUCUGUUCGAGGCUUUGUUUGCGCUGAAGGUCUGCAGUGAUAAAGGCAUCGACAGCUCGUCCACACGCUUGCUGUGGUUCACUCAGACGUUUCUGUUUGGUUUCGCGUCUCUGGGUCUUCUGAUCAAAUACAAGCCGGACGGCCGACCCAAACGCCAGUGACCGACACCAGAGCUCGUUUCCCAGCAGCACACUAACCUUUAUCUUCCAGAGGAUUCAUCAACCUGCAGGUUAUAUCUGAACAGUCACAUCCACCUCACUGAUUCUGGAACAGUCUUUCUCUAAAGGCUAAAUGUCACACCGAGGCCUAGUUUACCUGAUCCUGGUUCAGUGCUGAAGCUCUAUCAGCAGCACAGAAGAU